GCUGCCAUCCCUGUGGCAGCUGCAGUCACUGCCGCCUGCCGCGUAGGGCCCGGCACCCGCCGCCGCCUGCUCUUCUCUCCCGGGCGCACCCAUGCCACCUCUGGGAGCCAGGGCGUGCGGCCCGGAGGCUCCGGCGUACUGAGAGGGCAGUCCGCGGACGAUGAGGGCCCCGCUCGGUGGCCGCGGUCUCGGCUGUGUCGGGGCCUCGGUCCUCCUGCUCCUGCUGCCGGCGCUGAGCGGGCCCUGGGCGGUGCUGUGGCCGGCGGCCGAAGCCGCGCCGGGCCCCAGGCCCCCGGACCCUGCUCCUCGGACCCUGCCGCCCCUGUCUCCAGGCCCCACCGCGGCUCCUGCCCCGGGCCGUGCUCAGGCUGAAGCCACCACCGAGCCGCGAGGCUCGGGGGGCGGCAAUGGCAGCAGCCCCGGGGCGGGGCCUGCGGCGGACGGGCUCGGAGGCCAGGCCGGGGAAGGUUCGGUGGGUAGCGGCUUGGCCGUGAGCCCCAACCCUGGCGACAAACCCAUGACCCAGCGGGCCCUGACCGUGUUGAUGGUGGUGAGCGGCGCGGUGCUGGUGUACUUCGUGGUCAGGACGGUCAGGAUGAGAAGAAGAAACCGAAAGACAAGGAGAUAUGGAGUUUUGGAUACUAACAUAGAAAACAUGGAGUUGACACCUUUAGAACAAGAUGAUGAGGAUGAUGACAACACAUUGUUUGAUGCCAAUCAUCCUAGAAGAUAAGAUGUGCCUUUUGAUGAAAAGAUUUCAGCUUUCUACUAUGAAGAGCAGAGUUUCUACAUUUAAGGAAUAAGAAGCCACUAUGUCAAAGGGGGAGGGAGUAUUUAAUUUGUAUACAUUAUGACAACUUUUAAUUUGUAACUGCUGCAGUAAAUAUUCUAUUACUUUGUUUUAUAUUUGUGUAUAGAAGUGCUCUGUAAUGAGCUCAAUAUAUUCUUGAAGUAAAGUGUACUGUAAUAGUUUAUUUGUUUGACAGUUAUAUUAAAAUGGUGACUUUUUGUUUUCUGCUUACCAUAUUAUUGUAAACUUUUUUCUUUAAGUACUAAUCAAUUAGUAUUAGUUAUUUUUGCUGUGUUGUAAUUUUACAACUGUAAACCACAACAAAUGGUGUGUAAAAAUAAUUAAAAUUUUCCUUUGUUGAACUAUAUUUCCCAGUUAUGUGGGGAAAAGAAGCCAAAUUUAUAAUGCUCUUUGGGGGUUUUUAAAAUAUUAAUAAAUGUCUGCUAUUGUAUGCAAAGUAAUAAAUGAUUUUAAAUUAUU